AUGGACAUCGGCUUUUCUGAUAACCCGUGGCGGAGCCUGGACAGAGUGGCAUUCUGCGAAAACGCCAUUUUGCUAGAAGUCAAGAGCCAAUCCCAGGGUAAGGCUCACAUCACGCGCUCGAAGGAUAUUGUCAUGGCUAGGCCCUGGAGAGAUGAGCAGUCUCUUCGUAACUUCCUCAACGACGCGGCGCUCGUAGCGGCCGGACCCGGUGGCAAGGACAAUGUUGUCGCGACUUGUCUCGAGUGGGAGACGACCCACAAGUUAUGCCUUCGUGUGGCCCGGAAUGAAGGAUUCGACGAGAAGGCUUGUAAUCAGCUUCAGCAUCACGAGUCGCUGGAGGGGCUGAUCCGCCCAUCCCAAUAA